CUUUUGAACCACCACUCUACGGCUGCGGUACAUACACCAUGGCGACGAUGCGCCGAACUCAAAGCGUUAGGACAUACAACAAACAACCAUCAGCCUCCAUCGCUGCAGACGACCUCGGUGUCCUCCGUGAGUCCUCAGAAGAACCCGUCGAAGACGUUCUCCGGAAACAACUUCUCGACAAAGAUCGCGAGAACGACAAACUCCAAACGACCAUUUUAAGCCUCCAAGCCCAACUUGCACAACGCCCAUCCAUCGAAAAGUUCCAAGAAUACGAAAAGGAACGUAGGAAUCUGGAGUUGCUCCUCCAAGGCACGCAACGCGAGAACGAACGGUGCAUGGCUGAAAUCGAUCGGAUUAAAACCCGUGAAAAACUUCUCGAACAGGCACUCGCUAAAGUCGCAGGAGAGAAUUGGCAGUCCGUCCUUGACAUCACUCCCUCGUCCGCGUCCUCGGCACGCAUGGGAAUGGGCACGUACCUCCACCGCGCACAACUUCCAUCAACCAUGGAGUCUUCCGGACAAAGUGCUUCACCGACUCCGAUGUCUGUCGAAGCCACCCGCGCACAGUUCGAGCAGGUCCGUUUGCUGAUAUUAGGGAUGGAGCAGAGGAUGCAAGAGCGCGAGGAAAAGUUGAACAAGACGAUAGAACGAGCAGAGACACAGGAAAUGAAGUGCGAAGCUCUGGCACAGGGGACUCUCCCUUCCAAACUGUCUGUAUGACCAUCCAUUUUCAGCUCGGCAUGUAUUACUUGUAUUCCCAUCGUAUCUCGCGCAUCAGUUCCAUAUUUCUUUUGAUACCCUUACUACCACAGGCCUCGUAGAAACUUCGCGCUCUCGUGUCUUC